AAUAGAGAAUGACGGAAACAUGGUAAAAGCGAGAAGCACUCCGAGUGUGCUGAAAAACGAAACUACCGGAUGUUUACGUCGAAAACAUAAUGAAAGAAAAGCCAUGGCGCAAAGAGAAGCCCUGCGAAAACGCAUCGUGGAGCAUUUACGGCAUUCUAACGACGGAACAAGUAGCUUAAAGGAAAUAGUUCAGAAUCUUGGAGCAGAUAAAAAAUGCAUUAACCAAAUUCUUUAUGCACUUAAAAGAGCAAACGCCGUGUCACAAGUUUCUUAUGUUCCUCCUGUUUGGAAGUUGAGGGAUUAUGGAUUGGCAAUAAGAGCGCCAGUAUGGUCGCAAAACAGCAAGUUAAAAUACCGUCCCACAUCUCCAAAAAAGAAUAUUUCAAGGAAUAAGACUGUUGAUCAACGUCAUGUACAAUCAAUUUUGGAGUAUCUCAAAUCUAAGAGGAUGCCUGUGAAAACAAUAGACAUUGCCAAAGGACUGGGAUUUAAAUCUUCUUCAGAAAUCAAUCCUGUACUUUACAGAAUGGAGAAGAAUGGGAUUGUGAGAAGGUGUGAAGGAGAGAAGGUGAUGUGGACCCUAAAUUCUGAUGGGGAAUCACAGCAGGCAGCGUUAUUAAAUGAUCCUGGAAUUGUUGGAUUUGGGACAAGAAUUAAGAGUGAACCGCAGCAAACUAUGGGAGGGUUUUCAGUGCAAGAAGUAGAUUUUGUGCAGCCAAUGAGUUUACACUCUGGAAACGUUAAAUGCGAAAGUAAUGAUGUCAGUGAUGAUGACCCUUUCAUGGGAAAUGUGAGUUGUUCACAGUUGUCUGAGGUAGGAUACGAGUCUUCACAAUCAGAACCUAGUCUGGGUUUUGAUCAAAUAAAUGAUGCCAGAAGGGUCCUGAGGAACCAAGGCUUCACAAGUGUUGAUGAUGGAAGUGACUGGCCAAGUACAGAGAAUGAGAUGGAUGUGAACACAGGGACUAUGUCACCUCUCUGUCAGUCCACACCUAUUCUUCCGAGUCCGAACGACGACUCAGCUACUCAGUAUGAGGAUGAAACUUGUGCUGCAUCCACAAACUCUUGUGAUAUGGAAGAUUCUUCUACACAGAAGAUUGACAGUGUUUUAAAAGGAUUAUCUCUGUGCAACCAAAAUGGAGGGGUGUCCUUUAUUAUUUCUAGAAAAGCUCAGAUGGAUAAAUCAGAUACUGAGGAAUGUCUUCAGAAAUGUCAGGAACUAAACUAUGUAUCUGCAACUAAAUCGGGAUCAGAUGUCGUUUAUUCUCUGACAGAAGCAGGUGAAAAGUAUAUCAAAAGCAAAGUGACCAAAAGUAAACCAAAGAUGGAACAGACAGUUCCACAGAUACGUGCUCCCCAAAGAGUCACGAACACAGAAUUCAGAGGCCCUCCCCCUGCACCAGCUAGUCUAGUCCAAAACCCAGAGAGUCAGUUUUAUAACCAACAUUCUUCAAGAUUACCCAGUAACCAGACCUCUGAAACAGGAAGGAUGAGUGAAGAACCCAUGGACCCUUCUGCACCCCAACCAUUAAUGAGUAUACUGACUGGUCCAAGUAUAGUAAAUUCCCAAUCUCUGGGAGGCUUUUCAUCAAAUCCUUCAUCAUACUCCAGUACAACUCCGUUUCAAAAUGCUGGCAACUCAAAUUCCUUUUUUCAACCCCGUCUUUCUUUCUUUGGAAGAGGUUUUAGUAGUGCAGGAAACUUAAAGAAUUUCAGUACAAUCCCAUUUCCUGGAUUCAAUACAAGACCACUAGCACCUGUAGAAAUAAUAAGUAAACAGUUAAACAAGACAGAGAUAUCUUCAACAACGAAACCAGAGCUUAUUUCAACAAGUCAUGUCAGCAAGGGACUCCAGAAACUAUUAUCACUAUCUGCAACAACCACAAAUCCACUGCAGCAAUUCAACCAGUCUACUAGUUCCUCUUAUGUCAGUUCUAGUGGUGAUUUGAACAGUGGACCACAUUCACUUGGAAUGUCAGCAAGAACCUGUGGUUAUUCAGAGGCAAUGGAUAGACAGCCAAAGUCUUUGCCAAUGAUGAGAUCUACAAACCCUUUCUUACCUAGUUCCUUGGACUUGAACUCGGAGAGUUUCGCUGCAUUGAACAAAAAUCCUGUUAGUGCACUCAUGGAGUAUGCUCAAUCUCGACACCAAGAAGCAGAAAUCAGGGUGAUUUCACAAAGUGGACCCUCACAUAAGCCAAAAUUUGUGAUGGGAGUGUUCAUUGGAGGUAAACAGAUUGCAGAGGUGACCUGCUCCAACAAAAAAGAUGGCAGAAAGGAAGCAGCAGACAAGGCAUUGAGGGCUCUAAUUGCAUCAGGGGACUACAAGGGCUCAAACAGUGCAACUGCAUCAAAGCCCCAGGUUCCCCUUGACAAGAUGACACACUUUGACAAGGUCGCCGCCCUGGUACACAGGUCUUUCAAUGAGUUGUCGGCCAGUAUCAGCGAGAACUUCUCCGGAAGGAAGGUGAUAGCAGGGCUUGUGAUGAAAAUGGCUGAGCAUGAUAUUGGAACUGUUAUCUCCAUUGGAACAGGAAAUAGAUGUAUUACUGGGCCCCAACUCAGUUUGGAGGGAAACACAGUGAAUGAUUCCCAUGCUGAAAUCAUCACUAGGCGGGGCUUCAUAAGGUUUAUGUACAAGCAGUUGCAGGCCUAUAGGCCCGGUGCACCUCAUCGACUCUUUGAACCAUCUCCAUCAGGAAAACUUCGCCUGAAAGAUAACAUUACAUUUCAUCUGUACAUUUCCACUGCCCCAUGUGGGGAUGGGGCCUUAUUUUCUCCAAGGGAUGAAGCGUCUAAUAAUGCUGCUCUAAACAGCAUAGAUGAUAGAACUCACAAUCCCACCUUCACCAGUGCUGCUCAGGGUCUCGUCAGAACCAAAAUGGAAGGAGGUGAGGGAACAAUUCCUGUGGAGGAGGACUUCACUGUCCAGACUUUCGACGGAAUACAGCGCGGAGAGAGACUGCGAACCAUGUCCUGUACGGACAAACUCUGUCGCUGGAAUGUGGUAGGGAUGCAGGGGGCCCUUCUCAGUCACCUAAUGGACCCUGUGUAUCUGGAUUCAUUGACCUUAGGAUUGUUGUAUGAUCAUGGCCACCUAGCCCGAGCCAUGUGUUGCCGACUAGCUCGUGGUGACCCUGAUAUUAACAGCCUGCUCUCCAAACCCUUCUAUCUGAACCAUCCGUGGCUUGGAAGGGUUACAGUUUGUGAUGUCCCCAGGGAAACACAGAAAACGAAGGCCCUCAGUGUCAAUUGGUGCUUUGGAGAUGCAGAACCUGAGGUCACAGAUGGAACCCUUGGACUGUGUUGUACAAGCAUUGAGAAGACCUUAUUUUCUAGAUGUUCCAAGAGAAAUCUGUAUGACAACUUCAAGCAGGUGUGUGCAGAUUUAGGAAAACAGGAUUUGUUGAACUUCCCAACAUAUGGAAAGGCCAAAACGGCUGCAGCAGAUUUUCAAACUGCUAAAAAAGCACUUAUAAAGAAAUUCAAAGACAAUGGUUAUGGUAUCUGGGUCUCUAAGCCUCCAGAGGAGGAGAUGUUCUCGUGAGGCUUGUGAAGGGUUUGGCAAUUCAUGGUGCUUGUACAACUAUAGGGGCAUUACAGUAGAUGUUUAGAAAUGUAGUCAUCAUGUGUUCAAUGCAUACUGAGUAUGUGCCAUCUUAUUUUGGUCACCAUGUGAAAAUAACAAAGAACUUGUACUUGGAGAGUAUGAUGGGAUUAGGGACAAAGGUUUGGUCCUAAACUUGCAGUGGAAUUGUUGCACUGGAAUGAUGUAAUGUUUUUUGGUGACCUAUUUUUGAAAAGAACUUUUUUAUGUUCAAUCAAUGUUUAUAGAUUUUUAUACUCAACAUGUUGUUUUGCCAUUUUUUUGUUUCAUUUCCAGAGAACAGAAAGUAUCUGAAAGUUAUUUGUUGUGUAAAUGAUAUAGAUUGUUGCAGAAUUUUAAUGAUUGAACUUUAAGCUUUUUUGAUUUAAGAACAUGGAUAUUAAAUACUGAACACUG